CUUUGUUGGUUGUAGAAGAACAUGUUGUCACUGUCGAAUGAACCAGUCGAGAUAAAGACAAAGGUUUUGGUUGUAGGAGGAGCCUACGCCGGACUUGCGGCUGUACGUGCGUUGACCACAAGGUGGAGAGAAAGUCAAGAUCGCAUAAAAGAAUGUGAGUCUGGUACAUUACCAGACAAUAAAAAGACACUUUCAAUUACAUUUGUUGAGCCAAAAUCUGGACUUUUAAACAUUUUAGGAAUACCCAAGGCCAUUAUUAACUCUGAAUUUGCUAAAACUCAAUAUGUACCAUUUGAAGAUACUAAAUUACAAAUAAAUCGAGUUAUUUCUGGAGAUGAAACCGUAAUUGAACGGUUUAAAACUCGAAAGAAUGUAAUUGAUUUCAAAUUUGAUGAUAGUGUUGAAGUGACAUAUGUCCAAGGUAAAGUUACUCAUCUUACUGAAACAGAUGCAGAAUAUACAUUGGAACAUGAGGGUACCAAAAACGGAGAUAAGAGUGGGAAAAUUAACUUUGAAUACGUCAUUCUUGCCAGUGGUAGAGAUCGAAAUUGGCCCACAACUCCAGAUGGAUUUACACCAGAAAGUUAUGCAGAUGAAAUGAACAAAUUCAAAAAAAGUGUAGAAAAUCAAGAUAUUGUUACCAUAAUUGGAGCAGGAGCUGUGGGACUUGAAGUUGCUGGAGAUAUUAAACAUGAAUUCCCCGACAAGACGGUCAAUUUGAUCCAUCCUCACCUGACAUUUCCGCCGGAACCAUUGACGGCCGAGUUCAAGGCCAUGGUACUUGACUCGGUCACCAGAGGCGGGGUCAAAGUUCACUUGAACACGCGUAUUUCAGAAGAAUUGCCGCUGGGUGAUUUGGUUACAACUACAGGAGAAAUUAUAAAAUCUGGAUGUAAUUUUUGGAGUACAUCCCAUAAGAAUAAUGUUGAACUUCUUUGUGGAAGUUUAAAAGUUCAAUUUGUUAAUAAACAACAAAAUAUUCUUGUAAAUGAAUUCUUACAACUUACAAACGCAACUAGACAAGUUGGGAAUUUUUUCGUGCUUGGAGAUCUUGUUGAACUUCCAAUCAUAAAAAGUGCCGGAUGGGCAAUGUAUAUGGGACGCGCGGCUGCAAAUAAUGUGAUAUCUCUUAUUAAUAACGGAGAAUUGGUUGAGCCAUUGCCCGAUUUGGCGGUGAUGCCGCGCGGAAUGGUGGUCGUGGCCGGCAAUGGAGACAUCGUUUCUGAGAUCAUGGGUGUAGCAGAGUUGAACAUACCUGGAUAUGUUGAAGAAUACAAGGAUUAUUGUCUUGGCAAAAUUCUUGCGACUUUGGACAUUUAAUAGAAAGAAAAAAAAAAAAGAUGAAAAUUAAUAGAUCAACGAUUUAUGCCAAAGGUCGUGUGCGUCUCCGCUAUAAACCCCAAUUAGAGACCAGACUAAUGAAACACUUAUGAGUACUUUUUAAUAGAAGUCUAUGAAGAUGA